AUGUCGAAACUAGUUACGGUAGUUGGUGCAACUGGCAUCCAGGGCGGCUCCGUCAUUAAAGCACUUUUGGGUGAUGACACCUACAACGUGAGAGCUAUCACAAGAGACCCGACCAGCGAAGCUGCUUCUUCAUUGCGCGACCAAGGAGUUGAGGUCACCAAAGCGGAUCUCGAUGACCUGUCUUCUCUCAAGAAGGCAUUUUCAGGCUCCUACGCUAUCUUUGCUGCCACCAACUUCUUCCAACACUUUCCAACCAUUAGCGCAAAGGAAGCAGUAGAUAUAGAGGCAAUGCAGGGCCUGAAUAUGGCCACAGCUGCUAUGGAAACCCCAACUCUCCAGCACUUCGUCUGGUCUACUCUUCCUAAUGCGAGCCGAAUCAGCAAUGGCAACUCUUAUGUGCCUCACUACGCUGGUAAGAAUAAGGUUGAUGAUUUUAUCAAGUCGAAGCCAGAAUUACUGCGCAAAACCACGUUCCUUUGGGUUGCCUUCUACGCAUCGAAUCUGCAGUACCCUUUCUUCCAGCCGUUUCCCAUCCCGGCCACGGAUUCGCAAAAAUACAUUCAACUCUUACCAACUCCACCAAGUGUCCCGCUUACUUUGGUCGGCGAUGCCAGAAUAAACGUCGGACUUUUUGUUCGCGCAAUUUUGAACCAACCUGAUAAGUCGCUUCCGGGUAAAUUUGUUCUUGGUGCGACGGACACGAUGACGGCUGGGGAGCUUCUCUCGCUUUGGGCUUCGAUUAAAAGCAAAAAGGCGGAGUGCUUAACGGUUGACAAAGAAUUGUACUACCGCUUGUGGCCCAAAUGGGCGCAAGUGAUGCAUGCCAAUUUCAUGUACUUUGAUCUCGUACGAGAAAGGUCAUACUCGGGAGAGGAGAGUAUCCUUACAAGGCAGGAUUUGGGCAUUGUGGACUUGAUUGACACCGCCACUGCUAUAGCUAGAAUGGGUGAUUUAGUAGCCGAUAAUUGA